CUGGAGGGCGGGGUGCGGCCGAGGGGCGCGGCCCGGGGCGGGCGCCUGGGGCGCCGGCCCGAUGCCGCGGGUGACGGCGGGUGACCGCGGGCGGGGCCGAGUGCACGCCCUCCGCUCGGCCGGGCCGGGAGGGUCCUCGGGCGCCGUGCGCGCGGGACCGGGCGGGCGGGCGCAGACACUCGGCUCGGACGCGGCGCCAUGCGCGGGCCGCUCGCCUGGCCGCUGCGCCUGCUCGUGAGGCGGGGCCCGCUCGCCUGCGCGUGGACCCCGUCCGCCCGCGCCCCCGUGUCCCGGCCGCUGCCGACCGGCCUGGGGCCACCGCGGCUUUGGGGCGCGGGCCCGGGCGCCCUGCGGGGUGCGGGGGCCGCGCGCUGCUGGGCGAGCGGGUGCCCGGGCGGGGAUCCCGGCGGCGGCGCGGGUCUGGCGCGGCUUCUGGGGCUGCGGGCGCGGCCCCCCGGGGACCCCCGCCUCCCGCGCGCCCUGCUCUCCGGCGGCCCAGGUGGCGGCGCCCGCGCGGGGGGCGAGGCCUGGCGGCGCGGACCGGCGGUGCCUGCGGCCGCGGCGGCUCCGAGGGACGACUCGCGGCUGCGCCCCGCGGCGGCCGGGCGCUCCGAGGCCCAGAAGCUGCUGGGGCUGGCGUACCCCGAGCGCCGGAGGCUGGCAGCCGCCGUCGGGUUCCUGGCCGUGUCCAGUGUCAUCACCAUGUCGGCGCCCUUCUUCCUGGGGAGGAUCAUCGACAUCAUUUACACCAGCCCCACCGGGGACUACAGCGGCAGCCUGACCCGCCUCUGCCUGACGCUCAGCGGCAUGUUCCUGUGCGGAGCUGCGGCCAACGCCAUCCGCGUCUACCUCAUGCAAACCUCAGGGCAGCGCAUCGUGAACCGGCUGCGAGCUUCCUUGUUCUCCUCCGUCCUGAGGCAGGAGGUGGCUUUCUUCGACAAGACCCGCACGGGCGAGCUCAUCAACCGCCUCUCCUCGGACACGGCGCUCCUGGGCCGCUCGCUGACCGAAAACCUCUCGGACGGGCUCCGGGCCGGGGCCCAGGCCUCUGUCGGGAUCGGCAUGAUGGUCCAGCUGUCAGGAAUCGCUCCUCAUGCUGAGUUCAGAUCCACGUGCUUCCGUCCACUGAGCCAGGGAAACGCUGUAACUCUUCCUGCCCUUGUCGGUUAUGUCUCCCGCCAAGUCCCUUCCGUCUGCCCGUCGCAGGACGCGGUUUUUUGUCUCGCCUCAUCUGGCCACUUUCGUUUUGAGUGUGGUGCCUCCAAUAUCCAUCCUUGCGGUGAUUUAUGGACGAUACCUACGGAAACUGACCAAACUCACUCAGGACUCCCUGGCACAAGCCACGCAGCCGAGGAACGCAUCGGAAACAUCAGAACUGUUCGAGCUUUCGGGAAAGAAAUGACUGAAAUCGAGAAAUACACCAGCAAAGUGGACUUCGUGAUGCAGUUAGCAAGGAAAGAGGCGAUCGCCCGGGCAGGCUUCUUCGGAGCAACCGGGCUCUCUGGGAACCUGAUCGUGCUCUCCGUGCUGUACAAGGGCGGGCUGCUGAUGGGCAGCGCCCACAUGACCGUGGGCGAGCUCUCUUCCUUCCUCAUGUACGCUUUCUGGGUUGGAUUGAGCAUCGGAGGUCUGAGCUCAUUCUACUCGGAGCUGAUGAAAGGACUGGGCGCCGGGGGCCGCCUCUGGGAGCUGCUGGAGAGGAAGCCGGGGCUGCCUUUCGACGAGGGGCUGACCUUGAACGAGAAGAGCUUCCAGGGUGCGCUGGAGUUCAAGAACGUGCACUUCACCUACCCAGCUCGCCCCGAGGUGCCCAUCUUCCAGGACUUCAGCCUCUCCAUCCCCUCGGGGUCCGUCACGGCGCUGGUGGGCCCCAGUGGGUCCGGCAAAUCCACGGUGGUUUCCCUCCUGCUGAGGCUGUACGACCCCCUUUCAGGGACCAUCAGUCUGGACGGUCGUGACAUCCGCCAGCUGAACCCCGUCUGGCUGAGAUCCAAGAUCGGGACAGUGAGUCAGGAACCAGUUUUGUUCUCUUGCUCAAUUGCUGAGAACAUUGCUUACGGGGCAGAGGACCCUUCUGCGGUGACUCCUGAGCAGGUGGAGAGGGUGGCGGAAGUCGCCAACGCAACUGCUUUCAUCCGCAGCUUCCCGCAGGGGUUCAGCACUAUGGUCGGAGAAAAGGGGGUUCUUCUCUCAGGUGGGCAGAAGCAGCGGAUCGCCAUCGCCCGGGCCCUGCUGAAGAAUCCCAGAAUUCUCCUCCUGGAUGAAGCCACCAGUGCGUUGGAUGCUGAAAAUGAGUAUCUGGUGCAGGAAGCUCUGGACCGACUAAUGGAAGGAAGGACGGUGCUGAUCAUUGCCCAUCGUCUGUCCACCAUCAAGAAUGCUAAUAUGGUGGCUGUUCUCGACCGAGGAAAAAUUAUCGAAUGUGGAAACCAUGAUGAGCUGCUUGCCAAACCAGACGGGAUAUACAGAAAAUUAAUGAACAAACAAAGCUUUGUGUCAGCAUAAAGAAGCAAUUGCUGGCAAAGUGAAUCCGAGAGACUUUAAAACAAAACAGCACUGCAGGGGGGAAAUUCCUUUAGAGAGGGUAUGGCAUCUGUAAAUGAUACUUCGAGUUAUUUGAAAUAGGCCUAUUUUUCCCAAAGUAUAUAAACUGUUGUUUUGAGAUGAACCUGUUCUCAAAACCUUUACAGUCAGAGUUUUAAUAAUUAUAACUUUCUAAAUGUCUAUAGCACUGAAGUUAUUUUCAGGUUUUAUACUUUAUUUUAUCUUGGAAUAUUUUCAUACAGCAUGGCACCUCAUUUUUUUUACCUGCUGUUCGAGAUGGAAGUUAUUGUCAAAUGACAACUUUAAAAGGGAAUUAUAAAUUAAAAGGCCUGAUUAUUUUAGGCCAGUUUGCCAAUCACUGUGUAAUUCUCUUGAUAGUAUUCUGCCCUCUUUGGAUCGAAUGGUACCGGGUUGUGUCACAGAACAGUGGUCGGCAAACUGCGGCUCGCGAGCCACGUGCGGCGCUUUGGCCCCUUGAGUGUGGCCACGAAGUUUCAAUCGUACUGUACGAGCGCGCCCACACGUGGUAUUUUGUGGAAGAGCCACACUCAAGGGGCCGCAGUUUGCCGACCACUGUCCUAGAAGAUGAAAACCUAGCCGUUUAUUUUAUCCUCAUGCUCAUGAAGUGAGCCUGCGUGUCAUACAUACAGAGCUAGUGACUGUCUCCUGGCGAGAAGGGAACGUUCACAUUCUCCAUCCCCUGCGUCUUCAGAGGCGUGAGAGCUCAGGGGGCUGUGUCCCUCUGGGACGAGGCUGUGUGUGGGUGUGUGUGGUCUUUAACAUUUUGGGCACAUGAGAGCCUGAUGAGUUUGAAAAGGGGAAGAGGCAGCCCCAUCUUUGCCCAGGAAAACUUCUAUUUCCGCUACUCACAUAUUUCUCUCUGUGAGCCCCCUGGAAAGUGACGCGUGGGCUGCCAGGCAUUAUCAAGAAAGAUGUCAAAAUGAAUUUUACAUGAUGUUGUCUAAGGCAUGUUCUGAAAAUUGUAUUUUAAACAUGUAUAAGCCCUAACCCAAAUUUGACAGCCUUUUCUCAGUUACUUAAAUACAUUUGAAGUGUCAUUUAAUGAGGCUAAAAUCUGAAUAAUGUAACUGUAAUUUUCAACCUUAAAACAUUUGAAGAAAGCUUAGAUGUUCUUGCUAUUCUACAGAAUAUCAAGAAACCUUAAGAACUUGUCAGUCUUCUGAAAAGAGGACAUUAAUAACUCCCUUUCUUGUACUUGUAACUAUAGUUUCAUCCACCUGAACACCUCAGAAUUCCUAAAGCAGUGCUGACAACCACUAGAUUUGCCAAAUUUCAUGUCAGUGCUGAUCACUUGCUCUUGCCUCCAGAAAAAGUGCUUUUUUUCUGCAUUGGUGACGCCAGACCCAAGAAGUAACUAUGUUGAGAUAAGUAAAAUGGAAGUUUCCUCCUGUACUAAGUAAUUGUUAGUUCCCUGGUUAGACUGGAAGAAGAAUCCACUAUUUCAUGAUAAGCAGGGAGACAAUAUAAUUCAUUCUACAUCAGGGAAUUCAUUCAUGAAUAAGUGGACUGUGUGUUUUGGAUUGGUAAACAGUACACCUGUGACCAUCAGUUGAACAGACUUCACUUGUCGUCUCUGCACAGUGUGCCGUGACGGACGGUGUGGUUCAGCAGCUACAGAGCUGGGCGCGAGGGAAGUCUGUGCCACAGAAGGACUUACAAAACCGAACUUGAUCAUUAUGUGUCAUUUUCUAAUACAAGAUGUUCAGUGUGUCUUUAGGUUACAUUUAUAUCGUGGAUUAAAAUUUAUAGUGAACUUUA